CAAUUCUCACCAUUGUUAACCAAUAUGGAGUCCUCUACGCUUACAGCCCUUUUUCUCAUUUCCGUGUUCUUCAUUUCCUCAGCCUCUGAUGUCAUCACUCCUGAUUGUGGAUACUGUACCAAACCCCUCCCCAAGCCCACCCCAGUCACCCUGCCGCCUAUCGGCAAGCCACCAGUUAAAAAACCACCAAUUGUAAAACCACCAUUCACCCUGCCACCAAUUGUAAAACCACCAUUCACCCUGCCACCAAUUGUAAAACCACCAGUCAAAAAACCACCAGUCACCCUGCCACCAAUUGUAAAACCACCAGUCUCCCCGACACCAAUUGUAAAACCACCAGUCACCUUGCCUCCAAAUUUGAAACCUCCAGUGACCCUCCCUCCGGUGACAGUUCCACCAGUCACCUUGCCUCCAAUUUUGAAACCACCAGUCACCCUUCCGCCGGUGACUCUACCACCCAUUAAACCACCGGUCACCCUCCCGCCUGCCGUCAAGCCACCGGUUACCCUACCGCCAAAUGUCAAGCCACCAGUUACCUUACCCCUACCCCCAGUGACAUUGCCACCAAUACCCCUACCCCCAGUGACAUUGCCACCAAUUGUGCCACCAGUUACCCUUCCACCUACACUCAACCCACCAGGAAAGGGAACCCCUUGCGCACCAGCCGCCACUUGCCCCAUUGACACACUCAAACUUGGUGCCUGUGUUGAUCUUCUUGGUGGGCUGGUGCACAUUGGUCUUGGGGACCCUGCUGUUAAUGUGUGCUGCCCAGUUCUUUCUGGGCUUGUGGAACUUGAAGCUGCAGUUUGUUUAUGCACAACUCUUAAACUCAAGCUUCUUAACCUUAAUAUUUAUGUCCCAAUUGCUCUUCAGCUUCUUGUUACUUGUGGGAAAACACCACCUCCUGGCUUCACAUGCUCUCUCUAGAUUCAUUCAAGUUGAGUACUAUCUUAAUUUUAUUUCUUUUAAUUUUGUUCUUGUGUUUAUUCUUUUACAAUGUUGCAAGUUUAUUAC